CCAUCCCUGCCUGUCUUGCGCAGCUGCCAUUGCUCCUCUCGGUCAGGAGGCGGCUCCCGCGCGAGGAUUUCGGCGUCGGCGGAAAAGGCGGCCGAGGCGAGGCGAGGGCAUUCCUGCUGUUCCUUCCUCACUCAGCCUCCUCCGCAAAGCAGGCGGCGAGAGGGAGGAGGAGGAGGAGGGCGAAUGCAGAGGCCGGGCUCAUCCUCCCGCCUGGCGGCCGGGGCCCCUUCCUCGCCUCGCUCCCUUGCCCGGCGGCGGCGGCGGCAGCAGUGCCACCAGCGGAGGGCAUGAGGAAGAGCCGGCGCGGCUGGAGGAGCCGAUCAGGGCGAGUCCCCCGAAGCCUAUAGCAUCUUCUUCAAGUGGGUACACGAUGGAAUAUUCCAGUUCGAUCAUGCUGAUUUCCAUUAGUUUUCUACAUAUUGAAGCAUUACUUGAGAAUGGAACUACAUCAUUUAAUGAUACAACAACAAGUCCUCCAGAAGAAAAUGGUCACCCCCAACACCUAUUGAUUUCAAUGCUGAUUUUGAUUUUGGUGUUCAUAAUUCUAGUUCUUUUAGCUGGCUAUUUCUUUAGGUUCAGGAGACACAGAAAAGCAGUGGUGAAUUCCAGUGAUAAAAAAAUGCCAAAUGGGAUCUUAGAAGAGCAAGAACAACAAAGGGUGAUGCUUCUCAGGAGGUCUCCCUCUGGCCCAAAGAAGUAUUUUCCUAUUCCAGUGGAGCACCUGGAAGAUGAAAUUCGGAUCAGAGCAGCUGAUGAUGGAAAAUUAUUUCGGGAAGAGUUUAAUUCAUUACCUCCUGGAUAUAUGCAAGGAACACUUGAGAUGGCCAACAAAGAGGAAAACAGAGAGAAAAACAGAUAUCCCAACAUAUUACCAUAUGAUCAUUCCAGAGUAGUAUUAACGCAGACAGAUGGAGCUCCGUGUUCAGACUACAUUAAUGCAUCAUACAUAGAUGGGUACAAGGAGAAGAAUAAAUUUAUAGCAGCUCAAGGUCCUAAGCAAGACACUGCAAAUGAUUUCUGGAGAAUGAUAUGGGAACAGAAGACUGCCACAAUUGUCAUGUUAACAAAUAUAAAAGAGAGAAAAGAGGACAAAUGUUACCAAUACUGGCCUGAUCAAGGAUGCUGGACUUACGGGAACAUCCGGGUUUCAGUGGAAGACUGUAUAGUGCUUGUGGAUUACACCAUUCGGAAGUUCUGUAUUCAGUCACAGGUAUCUGAAGGUUGCAAAGCUCCAAGACUUGUAACUCAGCUUCAUUUCACCAGCUGGCCUGAUUUUGGAGUGCCUUUCACACCUAUUGGAAUGCUCAAAUUCCUAAAGAAAGUGAAGUCAUUGAAUCCUACACAUGCUGGGCCAAUUGUGGUUCACUGCAGCGCUGGUGUGGGUCGGACAGGCACAUUCGUAGUAAUAGAUGCCAUGAUUGACAUGAUGCAUGCAGAACAAAAGAUUGAUAUAUUUGAUUUUGUAGCACGAAUUCGCAACCAGCGCCCACAAAUGGUUCAGACUGAUAUGCAGUACUCCUUCAUUUAUCAAGCCUUACUUGAAUACUACCUCUAUGGUGACACGGAGCUAGAUGUGUCUUCUUUAGAAAAGCACCUGCAGCCAUCACAGAACACAGCGCCAAAUCUCGUCAAAAUAGGGCUCGAAGAAGAAUUUAAAAAAUUGACAAAUGUUCGAAUUAUGAAGGAAAACAUGAGAACUGGUAAUCUGCCAGCAAAUAUGAAGAAAGCCAGAGUUAUACAAAUCAUCCCAUAUGACUUUAACAGAGUGAUUCUUUCCAUGAAAAGAGGUCAAGAAUACACAGAUUAUAUCAAUGCUUCUUUCAUAGAUGGCUAUCGGCAAAAGGAUUACUUCAUUGCAACUCAAGGACCACUUCCUCAUACAGUGGAAGACUUCUGGAGAAUGGUGUGGGAAUGGAAAUGCCACACAAUUGUUAUGCUCACCGAAGUUCUGGAAAGAGAGCAAGAAAAAUGUUUUCAAUAUUGGCCAUCAGAGGGCUCUGUUACUUAUGGAGAAAUUACUAUUGAAAUCAAGAGCGACUUGCUUGCUGAUGCCAUAAGUGUACGGGACUUUUUGAUUACACACAGUCAGGAGAAGCAAGGCAGACUGGUCCGACAGUUUCAUUUUCAUGGAUGGCCUGAAAUUGGAAUUCCUGCUGAAGGGAAAGGAAUGAUUGACCUCAUUGCAGCUGUCCAAAAACAACAACAGCAGACAGGAAACCAUCCGAUUACAGUGCACUGCAGUGCUGGAGCUGGGAGAACAGGUACAUUCAUAGCACUCAGCAAUAUUCUGGAGCGAGUCAAAGCAGAGGGGCUCUUAGAUGUUUUUCAAGCUGUGAAGAGUUUACGACUGCAAAGACCACACAUGGUGCAAACACUGGAACAGUAUGAAUUCUGCUACAAAGUGGUACAAGAUUUCAUUGAUAUAUUUUCAGAUUAUGCUAAUUUUAAGUAAAAACGCCUGCCUUAUUUUUUUUAAUUUAAUCAUUUGUACAGAGACUUGUAAAUCACUUUAAUUUAUUUCCAUUGUUAUUGUUCCAUUAUUUUUUUAAAGAAAACUCUAAAUGUAUAAAUGAUUAUGUUUGUUCUGAAUGUCUCCUUCAAUGUAUAUAUAAUUUGAGCAGGCGUUAACUCUGAUCCAAGGGAACAUGCACAGAAUCUCCUAAACAAUCAAAUACUUUUCCAAUCAACUGUUACAUGGGAAAAGAGAAAACGAUUCCAACCUUUCUCCAAAACAGUUGAACAGUGGGAUUUUAAUUGGGAUGAAAGAUCUCCGAGUGUGCAGCUCCAUUUACUGGAUGAAAGAGAAGAGCUGUACACACCACACUCAUUUGCACUUGGGACUCCAUCCUGCAUAAAACCUGUGUCUGAACAUGGCAGCUGGAUCAAGAUGAUCUUUCAGGUUUUGUGUAUCCAGUUGCUAUGGACUAUAUUUUACAGUGUAUACUGUUAUUUAAAUAAGGCACAGAACAGCCUAUGUUAGGCAUAUUUAAAACUCACUGGUUUCAGUGAGUAUAAUAAGCAUAUGCUUAAUUUUCUUCCCUUUGAAAUUUAUGGGAUAUAGAGCCAACUUCAUGCCUUUGAGUAGGUCAGACUCUGCAGUGCUGCGUCAGUCCCUGGGAUGGAAGCCCAUGUGGAACCCAUGGAAGUUUGGAACAUUAAUAUUAUAAAAACAAACUAAAGGGACUUUAAAGUGCUUAAUUAUUCUGUAUCAUCUUGCCAAUAUUAUGCCUAAAUGCCUGUGAAAUUGUGGUCUUUUUAUUUCUCAUCUAUGACAUUCAAAUAGGUUAUAAAAUAGCCCUUAAUGUCUAUAAAGCAGAGGAAUAACAGUAUACACGCUAGAACCAAAUUGUAUAGUCUUCAACACGUGUUAACUAUUUCACUUGGAACAACUUCCACACUGUGAUCAUAUCUUAUUAGGAAGUUCUGUACGAAACCCAUUGUGAUGAAUGUGGCCUGCCCAAGAAAAUGAUGUUUUGAUGAUAUAUUUUAUUAACACCAUGCUCUACAUACAAGACAAUUGAUAUUAAUGUAGACAAUUAACUGUGAAAGACACUGUUUCAGUUAUGGAAAAAUGUCAGUUAACAUUCUGUAGAUAUAUCCUCAUCUCAUCUUUAAAAAAAGGCUAAACCCUUCUACUUUGGAGGGGAGUUACUAUUUACAUUAUUACUAUUAAGCACAACUCUUUCAUUAGAUUCUAAAAAUACAAGAAGAAUCCCUUAUAGUAACAAUAUGAAAUUAAAACAUUAGCCUCAAAACAAAAGAUAAUAUUUUUUUAUUGGCAAGUUUCUAAAUAAUUCCUUAAAAGUGAAUUGAUGAUAGCACUAUAAUGUAAAUGUGGAAUAUGUUAUGCUUGCUAAUCAGUCUUACAAUUUCUUAGUAGGUUAUUAUUUUAGUCUACAUUUUAAAAACAUAGUAUACUUAACAUAUAAAAAACUUACCAAUAUUUUAAACUAUUUGGUCUUAUAAGUUCCUUUUGUUACAAAUAUAAACAUCUAAAUAUUUAAAAGCAAACAAAGCUGCAUCCCUGCUAACGAAAUAAAUGUGUGGCUUACAUAUUAUUGAACAAACUGAGACAGUGGCCCCUCGAGAUCUGCAGGGUCCGGAUCUGUGAUUUCCAGCAACCCCAGAUCAUUGUGGCCCAUAUUAGUAAGUGGUGGUGGUGAUGUAAAUACAGAAACUUUGAAGCAUAUACAUUUACGCUGCUGCCACUUCAUAACAUGGGGCAUUUUUUUUUUUUGUAUUUAUGGCAAGUCCAGUAAUCAAAUCCUAGUUGGGAGCAGGGAGAAGUGGCAACGGUAGCAAAGUGUCCAGUUAAUUUCCGAUAGCUACAUCCUUAUAGCUGGGUGAGGAUUGGAUAUGAUCCUCCUGCAUUUAGGGAGGUCUUCCAGAAGAUCCUGGAGGAUAUCUUGCCGCUAUAUAUCCCACUACUGGCACAAUGUUGAAUACUAAAACUGCCACUCUUGACUAUCUAUUGGCUAGCAAAUUGCCAUGAUAGGUACAGCAUGUGAAAGGUAACUUUUAAUGGGUUAGAUCAAGAGAGGAAGUAAAGUGGGGGAAUACAUUGCUCCCUCUGCAACAUAUGUAAUUAACAAGAUGCCAGCUGGUUAAUGUCCUUGAAACCUUGUUGGUGAUCAGAUAAAUGCAUUCGAGUUCACUUAAUAUUAGUGGUUCUUCAGGUAGAAUAAUGAUACAUUUGGAUUUUGUGUCUAUGAAUGACCAGAGAUCUCCUUAGUUCAAAGAUAUGUGCAGAUCUUCUAUAGGAGCAAUGCUUUUCCCAUAAAUGAUGCCUGUAGGAUUGUUUUGGUUGUCAUGCGUCCCUUAUACCUUUAGAGUGCAACCAGACAUGCAUAGAAAAUGACAUAUUUCAUGGGAUUUUCCUGGUGGAUUGUAUCCUAGAGCUUUAUUUUAAUGACCAUGAUAACUUGCUAGAGAGACUCAACAUUCACAUAUAAAACAUUCAUAGUGUCAGGUUAGCAAAGGGGAAAAAUAUAAUAUGUGUGGGAAAUGUUUGCCAAUUCCCUCUUUCCUCUGCAGACCUUCUGUGCUUUGAAAGAACACUGGAGGGCACUAGGUUCAUGAGGGUGGGGUCCAUUGAAAAUUGUAUUUCCUCCAUCCUUCAGUAAAAACCUCCAGAGUGAAAUUCCACUUGUGAGAAAUCUGGAUCAUACCCAUUGUAUGAGCAAAAUUAGCACGAGGAAUUAAUAAAAGACACAGUACUUCAUAGCCCUAAUAUUUCAGUAUGUAGAUAUAAAAGAGCACAAAUUGCAAAUAAAAUAAAUAAAUUUAUAUAGAUAUCUAAUAUGCAAUAGUUCUGGCUCAUCCAUUUGCUUGGAUUUUGAAAAUAAUUAUAAAAGCCUUAUUGAAAACUAAGUAACAUAGUUGUUUCGGUUUAGCUCCUUCGGUGUGUUAUUCAGUGUUCUUUUUAAUGCAGUGUCUAGAAAAAAAGAAAGCUAAAUACUUUUAAUAAUGCAGAUACUAAUAAGGUUUUCACAUCAGUCUGUCUUACUUUUAAUUGAAAACAGUUCAGGUUAGAAGUCUAAAAGCACAGUUUUAAAGCACUGCCAUGUAUUGCUUGCGUCUUCCUAUUAAUGCACUUCUGUAAAUCUAUAUGUAUACCUGUUGUUGUUAUGCACCUAAUUAAUAGAAAUUAUUGUAAGAGAUGGCUGAUAUUAAGCCCUCUAACCCCAAAAGGAAACACCAUUAUUUGGUAAGAGUUGAAUGUUAAAUAUGCUUUCUGUCCUGGUAUUUUUUGAAUCUGAAAGGCCAGAGGAGAACCACUGUACUUAGCACAGCAAAAAAACAUUUUCAGUUUCUUUUUAAAAAAGCAUUUGCACACACAGUUUGAAAAUCUGCUUAAGCAUCCUAAGAAGAUCAAAGGCUGCCCAGUGCAAAACCUGUGGAAACUGCUGCUUAAAGGGUUAGAAGAGGUGUAGCUAAACUACAUUUAUAUUAUUCCAGGUAUCUCUUAUGGUUUUACAAAACAGCUUACAUGUGAUAGAUUUACAAUAGACUCAGGUGAUACUGACUACCAGAAAUUAGGAAUGGCCAUAGGUAUGGAAGAGGAACCUCUGGCCUCCAGAUGCCAUCUGGUCCAGAGAGAUCCUUUAGUUCUCUGUUGACAGUGGCCAACCCUCUCAAAAUGGAAAUGGGCAGAAGAGAGGAAAGGCCAAUGUUCACAAACUCCAUGGCUUUCCUUUCUGCACAGUGAAGGUGAAGCAGAAGUGAAGCGCGCUCAGCCAAUGCUUCAAGAAACACUUCAGUUCUAGCCUUAGGGCUCAGCUGCUUUCCAAAGCAUUGGCUUAGUCCAUCUUCCUCUUUAUCCAAACCAAAACAUCAGUUUCCAGUAGUGGAAAGAAAUCCUGCACUCAUAGGAGGGAGGAAUAAUUACAAAUACCAACCCCUCAGUUCAAAACUUUGGUUUAAUUGCUUGUUAUAUAAAGUUGUAUUUAUUAAAAUGGACCCAGAAAUGGAAUCAAGAAAGAUCCAUGAAUGAAAAGGGAUUUUGAAAGGUUUCUUGUAGUUAUCCUUGCCCAUGCAAUAGUGAAAUCAGACUAAUUGGAUGUUAGGCUGAUUUUUGUCAUGCUAAAUAGUGCAGAUCUCUCUCAACAUGGAGUAGCUUCCACAGCCUCACGUUUCAGAGGCUUUUGUUGGGAUUGUGUUCUCUGAAGCUGUCCAAAGCACACAUAGUCCCCUCUCUCUGUCAUAGUCUCCUCUCUCUGUUUUAUCUGUUUUAUGUGAUUUACUGCUCCUCUCUUCUGACAUUUGAUGAUGAGAAGCUUUGACAUAUGUGUAGAAAACACUUUGACUCCAACAGUAUGGUUUAAAUCCCAACCUGUCUUAUUUUCAUUACGAAGUCUGUGAAAGCUUGUAAGGUUUGUUCGUCAGCUCAGAGAUUUUUAGUCAAACAAGGCUGCUAUACUUCAUACGACAUAAAUCUAUUUGAGGAUUUCCACUUAAUUUUUUUACAUUGCAUGAGAUUGCAUUAAUAAAUGCCAAAUAGUGAUUAGAAAUUAUAUGUUCUGAUCUGCAUAAAUAGUCACUAUGUGACUCAAUCUAUUGUCUUGCGUGACAGCGGAUGCUGAUUGCCAAAGCUCUUAAGUACCUGCUUAACUUGGAACCUGUGCACAAACAGUGAUACUAAAACGGUUUAUUUCAAAUUGUGCUUCCUUUGAAACCCUGGGUUCUAUGUCUUGUUUUUAAGGAUUCAGCAAUGAGAAGAUGGAUUAACUAUGGGAAAGUUAACCAAAACAGGAUGCAUUGUUUCUGACUUUUUCCUGUAGCAUAUCACAGACAUGUUUAUGCAAUAGGAAUGAAAUGUUUAAGUGGACAAAUUUAAGCAAACACAUGUGAGCACUGAUGAACAUGAUUGUCGUUCUGGAUUGCCCACUGACCAUUUAGAUAUCUGGGGCACCUUCUUUCUGGACUGGUUUAUUUAUCCCCCUCAUUCUUGUUUUCAUUAUAUUUGUGGAGUCAGCCUCAAAACACAGGAUUACGUCAACCUGGGAAGUGUUGUAAUGAAUGGGCCUAGGCCAGAGGUGUCAAAACUCCAUUUCUCUGAGGGCCACAUCAGCCUUAUGGUUGCCUCCAAAAGGGCGUUUGUAAUUGAAAGACUGUCUACAUGUAAUCUGGCAAUGAAAGCCUUGUGGGACACAUAAAAUGACAUGGUAGGAUUUGGCCCCUAGACUUUGCGUUUGACAAGUGUGGCCUAGGCUUUGAGUCUGCUGUCCUAUCUUUAAUGUCAGGACCAGAAAUGGUAGGAGGCAAAAACCAAGUUCCCUUCACUUUUUGGGCUUUUUCGUAGAUUUAGACCUGUAAUGGGAGUGAUUUUGCUGUCAGUAUCCAACAAGUUUUUGCAUAAUGGAAGUAGUUUUGCUGCAGUUCUUUUUUUUCCUGACUUUUUUCAGCUCUAAAAUAUUUAGUGAAUUCAUUAAUGCCAUUUCACAAGCCUUAUGACUCUUGCCAUAUGAAAAGUUAUCUCACGAUCGGUUCCUUUGAGGUUAGUGGGAAAAUAUGUUGCCCAGUCUAAAGAGAGACUUAAAAGGCACCCAUUCCACUUGGGAAGUUGCUUUCCAAAAGAUACAAAAUCCAGAAAUAAAUAUAUAAUGAAAAAUUAGUUAUAAGUGGCAGCACAUUGUUGGUUGGAUUAGCUUACGUAUAUAGAUCCAAACUUACAAAAAGUAUCAAAUCACUUGGUACAGGGCUUGGGAAAUUGCAUUUUAUAGCAAAAGAAUGCAUAUCCUCAGCACAUUUUUCAAUUCCUGUAAAAUUUGUUGAGAUGAAUUUCAUACCUUUGGGAAACAAAACCCACACUUGGUUGGAUGGAAAACAAAGGAGCAGAGAGGAAGCAAUGAAGAGUUCUUGGGAAAGAAGAGAAGAAUUCCCAAAAUAAAUGGAAAGAACUACCCCACAUGGAGGAGCUGUUUAGAACUUUUGAUGGAUGAGAAUUUAUGAAAAAUAUACAAUGAAAAGUGCUGAUUAAGAAGUUUGGAGGACAAAUGAUCAAAAAUGAAUGCUCAUGGAAUCAUUGCAUUCUAGCAGGAGCUGCCUUCAAGACUACACUUUUAUUUGCUUAGGGCCACUUUUUGUGGAUGAGCCAGAAGAAUCCUCCUGUGGUAUUCAGUCAGCCCGCCACAUUAUCUGGGAUUAGAGAACAGGACCCAAAAACCACCAAUUUUAAAAAAAUACUUUUUUUAAAACUGGAGAGGAAACAAUGCUUUAUCAGUCUGUUGCAAUCCAGACAAGAAAUUUGUCUUUAAAAAGGUCUUACAGUCUUCCUUCCACAUGUGCAGGUUAGAUUUUUAAUGGAUUUGAUUAUUCAUGGAUUUGAUGAAAGUCUUUUCUGUGUUGUGUGGUUUCUGGGCUGUAUGGCCUGGUUUUAGCAGCAUUUCUCCUGACGUUUUGCCUGUAUCUGUGGCAGGCAUCUUCAGAAGCCAUACAGCCCAGAAACCAUACAACACACCAGUGAUUCCACCAUGAAAGCCUUUGACAAUGCAUAUUCUCUAGGAAUUGCUAGGUUUUCUAUGACCAGCUUCUGGCAGUUGACCAUCAAGUCACACUGGAAGACCUAGCCAUGAGCCUUAUAGUGGGGACAGCUCUGGUUCUAUGAUACAUAUACAUAUUAUGGGGCCAUCUAAGUCUAAUUUGGCUAGUGGGUGUCCCAGAAAUCUUCAGUGAUGUGGCUGGAUGCUCACCACAGAAAACAGGGUUUCUUGAAAUGAACAAGUUUAAAAUAUUUAGGUAUGUACUUAAUGGCUUGGUUUAAUCAGACCCAAAAGAAGAAUGCCUACUUGUAUUGAUCUGUGUUUUGAAAAGGACUUUUAUGAAUCUUUUUUUUAAAGCCUGAACACCUUUGUUUCCAACAUGUUGAAAUGUUUUCAUUAGGCAUUAUCAUUUUUAAUGUAUUGCUAUGAACUCUUUUCUCUAUAUGCAAAACUGUACUUAAUUUAUGACAAAAUCUUUAUAAUAUAUGUAUGUAUUAUACAGUGAUAUUUCCUUUUAUUACAUUUAUAAUUUGAUCUUGCUGUAUUUAUAAUGCCAGUGAAUGUUGCUGAAUUAUUUGUAUAUGCAAAUUGCAAGAUCUAAUCAUUCUGAUGCAAGAACAAGGCUUCAUUUUUAUUUUCA